CUUAGGGUCCACCCUUCCGCCCGGCGUUCACCAGCAGCUUCCACCUUCCGCCCAGCGCCGGCUUUCGGUGCGACCGUCGCUGCUUCCCAUCGUUGCGCUGCCCCUGCAGCACCCAAGCCCGCAAUGUCGGGCCCCAACGGGGACUUGGGCAUGCCGGUGGAAGCGGCCACGGAAGGGGAGGACGGCAGUUUCGAGGAAGCAGAAUAUGCUGCCAUCAACUCCAUGUUGGACCAGAUCAACUCUUGCCUGGACCACCUGGAGGAGAAGAACGACCACCUCCAUGCCCGUCUCCAGGAGCUGCUGGAGUCCAACCGGCAGACACGCCUUGAGUUCCAGCAGCAGCUCGGGGAGGCCACCGGUGAUGCCAACUCCUAGGAUAUGGGACCCCUCGGGGCAGGCCCCAACCCUGUAUCCUUGGGCCAGGCACCCUGUAUCCUUGGGCCAGGCUCUACCUAAGCACUCACCAUCUGGCUCCACAUCCUCUUGAGGGUUGACCAUUGGUCCCCUUGUGGGUCUGCCUGCCUGUGCAAGCCCCACUACCCAGUGUCCUUCCUGGGGCCAGGUGUGGGUUGGUCAUCCACCCACCAGUCUGCCCAUCUCCCAGGUAUGCCUCACUCUGUCCAGGAUCGAGUAUCCACAUUAAACGGGUCUCCCACACCUCUA